AUGCAAAGUGCCGCACAGUAUCAGCAACAGCUUCAACGUCUACGUAUGAUCGAGGCACAGCAACGGGCCCUACAAGCGAUGGCCGCUAGGCAACGAGCAAAUGGAGAUCCAACCGAACCAAGCGGGGACAACAACAACAUACGAGAUAUGCAACUGCAACAAGAUAUCAGAACACCCGUGAACCAUCAAGGCAAUCAUACCGCCAACCCAGCACCUUCCAUCUCCGACCAAAAACAUCGCAUCAUCACCUUUCAAUCCGCCUGCCAGAUAGGAACCGCCGCAGCAGUCGAGUCCAUCCUCUCAUCAACAUCCCACUCCCCCAAAGCUCUAAACUUCGGCCUGGAAACUGCCCUCUCCGCAUCUAAUAUCGAAGUCGCCCAAUACCUACUUUCACUCGGCGCCCCCAUCACCCGGUCCACGGCCGAGAAGAUUCUCGCCGCCCCAGCACACCAUCAAAUCGACCUCUUCAAACUGCUCUCUUCCUACGGCUGGAACCCCCACCACCCAGGGACGAACGGGGCACCGCUCCUCCCGAAAGUCGUCACCAACACCGCACUGGUCCGCUGGUUCCUGGGCAAAGGCGCCAACCCGAAUUUCGGCAUGGAGCGACACGGCUCCGCCGCAAACGACAAACUAGGCUACGAUUCAUGCGCCGCACUGGAAUCCGCCUGCGCAAAAGGGGAUCUGGAAACCGUAUGCAUGCUCUUCGACGCUGGUGCGCACAUCCGCUUCGGGUAUCCGCUGCACUACGCGGCCGGCGCCUUGCCGAUAGAUCCCCGUGGUCCGCCUAGGGCAGAAGCGUACACGGACAGGAUACCAAUCAUGGAGAUAUUGCUUGCGCAAGGGGCUGACGUCAACCAGAAAGGGGAGACGGAGUUGGUAGCGCACCAUCCGAUCAUGUAUGCGGUUAUGGCUGGCGCCGUGGAGCGGGUGCAGUGGCUGCUGGAGCGUGGGGCGGAUCCCGAAGCCAGAGGGUCCUGGGGGAGCGCGGCGGAGCAUGCGUUUCUCAUGGGGAGUGAGGAGAUGAAGGCGGUUAUGGAGGCGGGCAUUCGGGCGAGGAGAUCUGGUGGUUCUGUGGGGGAGGCGUUGGCGAUCCGGUUGAAGCCCAGUGCUGGGUAG